AUGUUCGCCACCAGCAAAAAACUUACCGCUUCAAUAGUGCUCGUGGUGUUCCUUUCGAUGGUCCUGCUGGAUUCCGUUCUAGUGGCUGGCAGCGAUGCUCGGGAACGCAAUCACAAAGCAAUGACAUUCGGUAGGGCGAAGAUGAAGAAUGAAGCGACAACAACUGCCAUCGUUGCUAAUGAGGACCCAGAGCAGGCAGGGCACGAGGACGGUGACGAUGAGGCUGAUCAUAAUAAUAAUGAGCAUGGCGAUUUCGAUGGGGAUGAUGUUGAUGAUCUCGCCCAAGUGACAACUCCAAGUGGUGUUAAUUAUGUUGCGACUACACCGAGUAUUAUUGCUAAAUCACCGAAGAUACAGAGCAGAUACGAGCAAGGUCUGGAGGACUAUGAUGAAGCGGCAGCACGAGUCGAGCAGGAAAAGAAGCAGCAAACCGUGCAGCAGUACAACAGUAUGGUGCAGCCAUUUUUGACGAUGUUCAAUGUGAUAAACAGUGCUUUAUCGUACGGAAGGUCGACGAAUGCUGCCGGGUUGAAUCCGGCAACGCUUCUUCAGCUUGCCGGCUGGGGCACCACAGGAAGCGUCGUCGGAAACAGCGUGCGAAACCGUAGCGGAAAGGAGUCAACAGGCGAAAACGUCGACUCGGGCGCCGGGGCAGAAAACUCAACCGCCCUUGCAGCAGUCGAAGGCAGAUAUAUCAAGGGAGAUCCUCUGAACGGUUACUACGACUUUAUAAUCUCCGAGGGAUCGUACAAAUUUUGGGCGGUUUUUCAGGUGAUAACAGCAGUGCUCAUCAUUUAUUCCACCUUCGCCGCAAUCUAUUACUCAAAGGUAAGCCCGCUGACGUCGGAUUACGACUAUAUAGACUAUCUGAACGGCGGUAGAUCCUUUGCCGGAGGCAGACCGGCAAGCGGGAGAAGUGACUCUCUAGUUGAUACCUGGGACCGGCUGCUCCAUAAACCGUGGUUCAACGUGGUCACUCGGUCCUUCGGAUUCAUUAUGGAUGCAAUCGAGCGGGUACCGCAAUAA